ACAAGUUCUUUCCAGGCUUUUCAGUUAUCCGCUUCCACGAGGAAUGUUUUUUUUUCUCAUCAUACGAUGCAGUUUGGAUUUUUCCGCCGGGUGGUGCAUUUCACGGAUUUCCCGCAGAAUUAAUUUUCUGUAAUAUCUUGGUGAAUUUAUUUGAAAGGCUUCACAAGGCGAAACGGGCUGUUGAGAAGUUGACAGAUCACAGUUUUGAGAAUCACUCCUUCGGUGUGUCGUACAUACUGGACGAGGAGGCAGGAAGGGACGGGGGUGUAAGACCCCAGGUCCCGCGAGGGGCAUCUAAAAUGGGGACAGGAAGUCGGGAGCAGGAGUUUGGUCAGCCAGGGGCCAUGGGAGGCCCCCAGGGGCCCAGGCAUCGUCAGCAAGAGCUGCCUCUACGAAUUCUAGUGCCCACUCAGUUUGUGGGAGCCAUCAUUGGGAAAGAGGGACUCACCAUAAAGAACAUCACAAAGCAGACACAGUCCAAGGUAGAUAUCCAUCGUAAGGAGAAUGCAGGAGCAACUGAGAAGGCCAUCACUAUCCACUCAUCUAAAGAGGGCUGUUCACAAGCCUGCAGGAUGAUCCUGGAAAUAAUGGAAAAAGAGGCCAAUGACACCAAGAUUGUUGAGGAGGUUCCUCUAAAGAUCUUGGCCAACAAUAGCCUUGUUGGGAGGCUCAUAGGGAAGGAGGGCAGGAACCUGAAGAAGAUAGAGCAAGAUACUGGGACCAAGAUCACAAUUUCUUCAUUACAAGAGCUGACUAUAUAUAACCAGGAACGUACCAUCACCGUGAGGGGAGGGGUGGAGGAGUGCUGUAAUGCAGAAGUGGAGAUCAUGAAGAAACUUAGAGAAGCCCAUGAGAAUGAUGUGGCUUCACUUAAUAUUGCUGCACCAGACAAUCCUGAUGAUCCUGAGAGGAUGGUCAUCAUCACUGGACCACCAGAGGCUCAAUUCAAGACUACUGAACAGGAAGUGGUCUACCUCUUCGUUCCCACUCCAGCAGUAGGAGCUCUCAUCGGGAAGAAAGGGCAGCACAUUAGAGAGCUGGCACACUACGCUGGAGCCUCAAUAAAAGCACAGGGGAGAAUAUAUGGGAAGUUGAAAGAGGAGAAUUUUUUCACAGCUAAGGAAGAUGUGAAAUUGGAGGCACAUAUAAAAGUGCCUCUGACCGCCGCUGGACGAGUCAUCGGGAAGGGUGGCAAAACGGUCAAUGAGCUGCAGAAUCUUACCAGUGCUGAGGUCAUUGUACCACGGGACCAGACCCCAGAUGAAAAUGAUGAAGUGUUUGUUAAGAUAAUUGGACAUUUCUUUGCCAGUCAGACGGCCCAGCGCAAGAUCAGGGAGAUCAUUCAACAGGUCAAACAGCAAGAGCGGAAACACCAACAAAUGGUGCCAACACCCUCACAACCGUCAAAAUGAUCAGCAGAUGCCAGCAAGCAGCAGCUAAUGAAUGUAGCUCAUGCCAGGACAAAUCGAAAUUCAAGAACGAAUUCAAGUAAUUGACAAAGGGAGAGUGAGACAGAGCGGGAAACAGAGAGAGACAGAAGCUGAUGAAGAGGACCAGCAGUUUAAAACAACCAAAGAACUUAAAGCACAAAAAACAUUUGGUCAUGUGGAUAUGAAUGAAGAUGUCCGAGUUUGUUUCCAGGUCAGAGAUCUUUUUUAUAAAGACGGACCUGAUAUUUCAUAUUGAGCUCUUUUUAUUAUUGAUUAAGCUGAUGUGAACGUAUAUUGAGGAUUUGUGCACUGUGAAGUAGACUGCUGGAUGAGGUGAAUGCACACUGCAGGUAGAUUUCAUAGGGACUUGCAGGUCUAGUUGUGCACUAGAUCUACUAAUUUAUUAGAGCAAAUGUUAAUAAGAUUCUAAAAACAAUUAUAUAAGUUUAUUCAACAGAAUGUUCUUUGGAAACUCAUUUCAGGCUAUUUAAUGUGAAUAAUCAGAUUUGUUUGCUGAUCUUCUCUAGUAACUAAAAUCAUCAAGUGAUCUCACCAAGGAACGUACAUAAUGUAAAAGACUGCUAGCUGUGUGCCAGCAUUUCACUUCCAGUUCCUCUUUACCACUGCUGAGUCUGAGCGUCUCUCCUCUGCUUGCUGACCUGUUCUCUUUUCUUUCUUUUAAAAAAAAAAAAGAAUUAUUUUUGUUUCCCUGUUCCCGACUUAUUCAUCACACAAAAUAAGAGCUGUCUGUGUGCCAACUGUAAAGAAAAAAAAAGUACAGUCUCUAAACAGAGGUAGAUCUAGAUCAUCUUACUUUGGGAAUCUAAUGUUGAUAUCCUGUACUGCCCACGAAUGAUAUUACACGCUCUUAAUAUUACCUUACACUACCAUUCAAAAAGUUACUACUUUUCUGAUCAAAAGUGACUAAUGA